CUGCCUCAGCCCCCCGCGGAUGUCGCUGUUGCUGCCGCCGCCGCUCAGUGCGCGCAGGGCGGGAGCGAGGAGGAGACGGGAGACCCAAGCGGCUGGGCGCCAUUGAAAAAUCCAAAACAUUGAUCUUUAAGUGACAAGAAUUAGUGAAGCCGAAAAGAGUACCAGAAAACAAUCUUCCAUUGAAUCAAAGAAUUUUAGUCCAACGGAGAAUACAGAUGGAGAUGUUCCCCACUUGUAGCCUGCUUGCCUCAUCACCAGUGCGUGGAAGAAACUGCAGUAAUGGAAUGCUCCUAGCAUGUGUCCUGUUCAAUAGUUACGGGUUAUUGUUGAGUAUUUUGCUUAUUGUAGCACUACGCUAUAAACUUCGCUGCCAUCAGUUUCUCCUUGGUUUUUUGGAACAGCACAAAAUGGGAAAGAAACAGAAUGGCAAAGGUAAAAAAGUUGAAGAGGCAGAGUCUGAAGAAUUUGUUGUAGAGAAGGUCCUGGACAGACGUGUUCAAAAUGGAAAGGUGGAAUACUUCUUGAAGUGGAAAGGAUUUACAGAUGCUGACAACACAUGGGAACCUGAAGAGAACUUAGAUUGUCCAGAGCUAAUUGAAGCUUUUUUGAACUCUCAGAAAGCUGGUAAAGAAAAAACAGACGGUGCCAAAAGAAAAUCUUUGUCAGAUAGCGAAUCUGAUGAUAGUAAAUCAAAGAAAAAACGUGAUUCUGUUGAUAAACCAAGAGGGUUUGCAAGGGGUCUUGCUCCUGAGCGGAUAAUUGGGGCUACGGAUAGCAGUGGAGAGCUUAUGUUCCUCAUGAAAUGGAAAGGCUCUGAUGAGGCAGAUCUGGUGCUGGCCAAAGACGCUAACAAGGAGUGUCCUCAGAUUGUAAUCGCUUUUUAUGAAGAACGACUAACUUGGCAUUCAUGCCCAGAAGAUGAAGCACAAUAAUUGUUUGCAUUGCUUUUUUUAUAUAUAAGAAUAUUAAAACCUAAAGUUUGAUUUAUUAGCAAUGUGAGAAGCAUACAUUCUAACAAGUUUCGAAUUUGAUAUUUUUUUGAAGUAGUAUGUUUUGCAUCAACAGCAAGUAAAUAAAAGCUUUCUGCAACUUGUUUCAUUUAUCACAAGAGAGCAUUUGAUACUACUACUUCCUCCAUAUUAGGUAAAAGCUUUUAUAAAACAUGGAUGAACUUCCAUAGUUAUUACAGGAUCAUAAUGAAUGUCUAAACAAACUCACAGAUGUUUUGUAGUCUUCUGUACUAUUGAUGUGCAUGUAUCUUCUUUACCCAAACCUAGCCCUUUAAACCCCUAGGGUCAUUCUUUUUAGUAUUUGGGAUCGCUUGGUCUUCAGAAGACUAGGUGAAAACUAACUUUGUAGUAAUUUGAAUGUUAUCAGACUUGUUAUUAUAUUGUUACUUAUAUUGUUUACUUUAUUGUAAAUACUGGUGAACAGUGGUCAAUAAAAUAGUUUUAUAUUCUUCCUUUAUACUGA